AUGGGUAAGUUGGCACCGGAAGUUUUCUACAGGGCUCUCCGACAGCGUGGAGUAACAGGCUUUUUCGGCGUUCCCGAUUCCCUCUUGAAGGACUUUUGCGCCUUCGUCACGGACCACACCCAACCGCGCGAGCAUGUCAUAACAGCAAACGAGGGUAACGCUGUGGCAAUGGCUGCUGGUCAUCACCUGGCAACUGGGGAAUUCCCUCUGGUGUAUAUGCAGAACAGUGGGCUUGGUAACGCCGUAAACCCACUUCUCAGUCUUACACACGCUGAGGUCUACCGUAUUCCGCUUUUGAUGGUGGUGGGCUGGCGCGGUGCCCCGGGUGUCAAGGACGAGCCGCAACAUGUGGCACAAGGACGUUUGAGUGAAGACCUCUUGCGUGCCUUGGAAGUACCUUUCUCUGUUUUGGCACCCGAUUGCGAUGAUGUGGAGGCGUCAAUGCAAUUAGGUCUAGAUGCUGCCUUGAGCCAUAUGCGUUCCGCUGGUUCACCUUACGCCCUUUUGGUGCGUCCAGGGUUGUUCAGCAAAUACCAACUUUCGAGCCACGGUGAUGAUUUGAAAAGACUUCCAAUGUCCCGUGAGGAAGCAAUUGAGCAGGUACUGCGGCAACUUGACUCGAGCGAUGUCGUGGUGAGCACAACGGGAAUGCCCUCACGUGAGCUCUUUGAGAUCCGUGAGCGUAGUGGAAUGGGACACGCUCAUGAUUUUCUUACUGUCGGUUGCAUGGGGCACUGCUCUUCAAUAGCGGCAGGUAUUGCGCUAGCAAAGCCAGAGAAGCAGGUCUUUUGCCUUGAUGGUGAUGGUGCUACCAUAAUGCACAUGGGAUCACUUGCUGUCCUUGGUGGAGCUGCCGCUGCUCACCCUGUAAGCGGAAAGGAUUCUUCGCGCGUUCUACACAACUACAAGCAUGUGGUAAUUAACAACGGUGCCCACGAUUCAGUGGGAGGACAACCUACCGCCGCAUUUGAUGUGUCUAUCACACAAGUAGCGAAGGCGUGUGGGUUUACAGUCAUUCGCGAUGAGCCGGUGAUGGACCUGGGCGAGCUGGUGAGGGCAAUGUCUGAGCUGAGGCAAGCCCCGGGCCCAGCAUUAUUGGAAAUUCUUGUGAGAAAGGGCAAUCGGCCGGAUUUGGGUCGUCCGACAACAACACCGCAGGAAAACAAGAAUGUUUUUAUGGAAUUCUUAAAAGAAUAG